UACGGCAGCUUGCUUGCCCGACUCUCUACGCGAAGCCCGCGGUGGGCCUCUGGCGCAAAAGUUAUGGAGAUCUGCACGAGCUCUGCACUGGAUUUGGCGUGCCCCACGGCUACCCCCUUAGCCCUGCGGCGUGCGCGGCAGCCCUCCACCAGACAACUCUGCAGCACUUCGCUGGCUCCCCGCAGUGGCUGGUCACAGCGUAUCUCGAUGACAUCUUUGCUGUCGCGCCCGCCUCUGAAGCUGAGCAGUUCUUUCGAACGCUCUCUGGCAGCCUCAACGCCUGGGGGCUUGCUCUCAACGCGGACAAGACGAAAGACGACGAUUGGGAGGAGCUAGCAGCUGGCUCUGGAGGCGGCGCCCGGGCCAUGGGCAAGGUGACAGAGGCCUUGGAAGCCUUCUGCCAGACCCUGCACGACGCCGUGGCCGCAG